AUGACAAUUAAUACUGUUACCCAAUCCCUUCCUUUGUCCUCUCUCAUCUUUAUAACCGAAACAUGGCUUCUUCCUCCUCUCCAUCUCCCUACUUCGUGGCAGCAAUUCCAUACCUAUGGUUUGCCUGUCCCCAACAUGCGUUGUGGUCAAAUGGGAAUCUCGUUGCUGGUCAAUCCUGAUUUUCCUUACCCUGUUACGCAUAUUCCUUCUGUCUCUCCUUAUGUAUUAUCCUGUCAGGUUGCAUCCACUUUGAUUCACUGUGUCUAUUUGCCUCCUACUGCUUCUUUUUCUGACUCUGAUGCACUAGCUGUACUCCGUGAUCUGCCUCUCCAUCCUAGUCCCUCCCAAACAAACACAAUCAUAUGUGGUGAUCUCAAUGCUCGCCAUGCUCGUUUAUUGGGUGAUACUAAGACUACUACUAGAGGUACUCUUCUAUAUGAGUGGCUGCUUGAUACUGGUCUCUAUUGUUGGAAUGCUUCUUUUGCUUUUGGUGAGCCUACACUUGUCAAACAACGUCGUCGUCGUAUUGUCCAUCACGAUGAUGCGAAUGUGUCGUCAAGUGCUAGUGCUUCUGGUGUUGUUGGUGCUCCUGUUGGUGUCCCUGAUGGUGCUGCUGGUGGUUCUGGUGUCGUCUCUGGUGUUGUCUCUGGUGGUGGCUCUUUUGAUGACUCUGGUGGUAGUGGUGUUCUUGGUGCUUCUGGUGUCUCUGGUCGUGGUCCUGGUAUUGGUGUCUCCCUCGAUGGUGGUGCUGUGUCUGGUGUUACGGCUGAUAAUUCUGAUCUGCUCUCUGAUUCUAGUGAUGAUAGUGACUGUACGGAUGAUGGUGAACCUGUGAAUGAUCCAAUGUCAUACAUCUCCUACGCUGCUGGUAGUAUCAUUGACUUGUUCAUUGGUACCCAUGGCCUCUUGCAUCCUUCCUUGAUCGUACACUCUAAUAUGAGUAUCAACUCUGAUCAUCAUCCUGUGUCGCUGUCCUUUGCCUUUGAUUCUCCCCCUCCUGUUCGUGUGGAUCACCCGCGGUGGAUGUGGAAUCUAUCAAAGUUGGAGGACCCAAGUUGCUCCUAUGCUCCUCUGUUUGCAAAUCGUAUUGCUCCCUUUCACGAUGACCUGGUGUCUCUGUUGCCCUCUACUGCCUGUCCUGACUUUGAUGCAUUAGGUAAUACUCUCACUGAUUGUAUUCAUUCGUCCUUGACAGAGUCUGUGGGUCGUCGCUUACCAAAGCCUCCUGGUAAUGCCUGGUUUUGGACCUCUGAUUUGCAAGCUGCCUUUGACCUUCGUGAGCAUCUCCAUACCCGCUGGCUUCGUUCUCCUAACCCCUUCGAACAAUGUAAACGCUGGGGUGAAUAUCUUGCUGCUAAGAAGGCAUUCCAAAAGGCUAUUCGUCGUCGGCGUCGUCAAAGCUGGAAACAGUUUUGUACCAAGAUGGCUACACAGCCUUUAGGUGAUACUACUGGUACGCUCAAGCGGAUUAUCCGUGGUCGUAGUCUCAGUGCUCCUUUCUCCCACCCUGAAGGUCCUGUUGCUGCUGCUUCUAAUAUGGCCCAACACCUUCGUGGUAUCUAUGCUGGUGAUUCCCUGCUUCCAAACCGGCCUAAUGCUCCUCCUACUCCUCUUGUGCCUCAUUCUGUGGAUGAAUGUCCGUUUGAUGCCGAUGAUGUUGACUACUACUUAAGAAAGCGUUUGGCCAGGCGGCGUGCUCCUGGUGGGAACCAUAUCCGUGCGGAAAUGCUCCUUCCCAUCCGUGAAUCUCUGGUGCCUGUACUUUACCUGUUGUUUCAGCUGUGCUGGCGUUGGUCUCGUACUCCUGCUUCUUGGCGAUUAGCACAGGUGGUGCCAAUUUACAAGAAGGGUGAUCCUCUUGAUCCUGGUAAUCAUAGACCCAUCUCUUUGACUUCUGUGUUUCGAAAGUUGUUGGAACGAUGCCUCUAUGAUCCUUUGGUGUCUUCUGCUCCUGCGUUGGAUGUGGUGCAAGGUGGUUUUCGUGAGCGUCGUGGUGCUCCUGAUCAGGCGCUCUGUCUACAUGAACUCUGUCUUCACCAUACUCUUGAUUAUGGUUCUCCUCCUGUUUUGGCUUUUCUGGAUAUCAAAUCUGUAUACGAUACGGUUGACAGAGCUGUCAUUUGGCGUGCUCUCGAAACGUAUGUAUCAGAUGCGAUGCUUGGUCUCCUUCAGCAUUUGUUUGAUGAAGUGUCUGUUCAGGUCUUGGUGUCUGGUGCUGUUUCUGAUGGUUUUUGGCCUGGUACUGGUGUGUUGCAGGGCUCCAUUUUGAGUCCUUUUCUUUACUCCGUGUACAUCAACUCUCUGCCUGCGGUGUUGCGUGCUCCAUUUAGCCCUCGGGUGGUGGAGCGUCCUCCUCGUUUGUAUAACGGUCUUUGGAUCAAUAGUUUGAUGUAUGCUGAUGAUGUGGUGCUAAUUGGAACUGCCGAGUCUAUGCCUUUGUUACUUGCUCGUGUGGAAGCACUACGGCCCAACUGA